GCAUGAUUGGCAUUUUAAAACACGUCACAGAAAACAACAUGUAUACACACUUUGCUGCGGCAAUCUUUCUGGUGUUUAUACACAAAAGAAUGCACGCGGUUUCGCUACUUUCAUAACUGCAGGUAUUUAAAAAAGAUACGAAGAAAUUUUACCGGAGAUCCCGAUUCACAUCAAAUCUUAACUAGAAGAACAAGCCCUGCAUUUUUGUGGAACGUUAGUGUUACAAACAUUUGUAUUGCUGUUUUCAUGGAUAGCUGCCACAUCAAAUAUGUUGAACUGGAAAUGGCUGUGUUUCGUUCUAGCAAACCUAGGUCUUGUCAAUGGUUUCAACUGUACCGACAUGAUGGUGUACAACAAAAACAUCUCAAGCUGCAUGCCCUGUCACUGUAACCCCAACAAUACAUUGUCCUGUAACCAGACCACUGGGGCGUGUAUCUGUAAGGCGGGGUUUGAUGGACCAUCAUGUGACUGUGUGACGGCACAACACAGCUGUAACCACACGGUAUCUGACUGCUCCUUUCACGAGGCCACUCCCGUCUGUGUUUGUCGACCAGGGUUUUAUGGAAAACAAUUGGGGUGUUUUGAAAACUUGCGAUUUAUAAAAGACACUGGUGUAUUGGAGAUGUAUUACAAUAACAAAUGGAUGUUUGUCUCCUAUGGCUAUAAAUGGGUGGAAAGAAACAGUAAAGUUAUUUGUAGACAACUUGGAUUACCAACAUUUUAUGUCACUUAUAAAGGACGGACUCCAUCAUUUUUUGGACUCCACUACUCGGUCUACUACUCAAAGUCACGCAUUACAGAAGUUGUUUGCUCAGGAGAUGAAACAGAACUUUCAAAGUGCCGAUUUAGCAUCAUUUCCCAUACUUCAGUAUAUACAUCGUUUCCAAUUAUUGACUGCAGAUCUGAUUGUCCAAAAUUUCGCUUUGGACCAACGUGCGAGCAAUGCGACUGUAACCAGCAGACGUCAUCAGACUGUAAUAAAACUACAGGACAAUGUUACUGUUUACAUGGUUAUUCAGGUGAAACUUGUGAAUGUGAAGAUGGAGUUCAUUCUUGCAAUUCCACGUACGCCUUUUGUGGAAAACCAACACCAACCUGUUACUGCAGGGCUCAGUAUAAUAGAUUAGGACUUGCAUGUGAAGAUUCCAUUAGACUCUAUGGAAAUAAAACCGACAACGAAGGAAUUUUGCAACUCUACAUAAAUCGAACAUGGACCACAUUUUGCGAUAAUAAUUUCAAGUAUAAAGAGUCCCUUGUGGCAUGUAGACAGCUCCAUCUACCUACGCGAUACGUUACAUUCCGGACUGUAUUGGACUUUCAAAAUCCGGACACUUCAAUGGCUAUCAUCUACAACACAUAUUGUAACGGAACAGAAACCAGUUUAUCUGAAUGCAGACUGAGUAGUUAUGGAAGAUCAUGUACUCACAGUGAAGACAUUUACAUUCAAUGUUUCCCAAAUUGUCCAAACUUUACUUUUGGACCAAACUGUGAAAACCCUUGUAUGUGUAACAAGAACACCAGUAUGGCCUGUGAUGAAGAUACCGGGCAGUGCUUUUGCAAAGCAGGGUUUUUCGGUGAACUAUGCUCCUGUAAAAACGGUGUGCAUACUUGUAACGAGACGAUAUCGUUCUGUGACACGAGUUAUAACGGGACAGCAAUCUGCCUGUGCAAGCCUGGCUACUCGGAGUCCGAAUACCAGAAAGAGGGAUGUUUGAAGGAACACUUUCUUCGGGUGAAAACGCAUGAUCCAGAGGAUGUUAACGUAGUUCUGUAUCAAACUGGAGUUUGGAUGAGAAUAUGUAAUUAUGGGUUAUCUGCGGAAACUCCUCGGGUUGUUUGCCGACAUUUUGGACUUCCUGAAGAGUAUGCACAGCUCAGCAAAAACCCCAAAGGAGAUAUUAGAAAUACAAAAUCGAGUAGAAUAUUCUGCAAUGGAACAGAAAAGAGUCUUUAUGAAUGUCAACACCGAGGAAAAUAUGCAUAUUGUUAUCAUGGAUCUGCAGUAUUUACCUGUCCAAAAGACCGCCUCAUCAGAUUGGUGUCAAUACAAAAAACAGCAUCGGAAACUACUGGCUUGUUGCAGAUUUAUUACGGGAGACGUUGGGUUCAUCUAUGUUCACCACUGAACACGAAAGAAGCAAAAGUGGCUUGUCGUGAACUUGGUUUACCAACAAAGCUUGUAAAAAGUCAAUGGACAAAUACUCAAUCUAAAGACCUGUUUCCCUUUUAUCCUAUGUGUAACGGAGAGGAAAGAUUUCUCGUAGAAUGCAAUUACCAAGAAAAAUAUGGCACGUGUUAUGGUGUUCAGCUAUCAUGUAAUGCUGUUUGUUCACCCUAUCGGUUUGGGGAGAAUUGCAACCGUUAUUGCCCAUGUGACACCGAAUCUACAGCUUCCUGUGACAUGAAUACGGGAGAAUGUGUGUGUAAACCUGAAUUCUCGGGGCAUACCUGCAACUGUGCUGUUGGUUCACAUAGCUGCAAUACGACUGUCUCUGAUUGUUAUUAUGAAUCGAACCAAAUUCUCUGCAUAUGUAAGGCAGGGUUUACGGGCCUCGAACAUGGAUGCGUUGAUAAUGUGAGAAUAAGCACGACAAAUGCUGUAGAAAUAUUUGAACAAAAGUGGAAAACAAUAUGCGGUUUCACAAAUUGGAACGUCAACAAUUCGUUGGUAGUGUGUCGUCAACUAAACCUCAGCACGGCUGUUAUCUAUACAAGAUCGGAAUCUAGUCGUUGGUCUGAUUAUUAUGAUAAAUCCAUUUAUUGUAAUGGAACAGAGAGAACUUGGUCUGAAUGCGAAACAACGCAGAUAACAACUUCAUAUUGCACAGAUGCCCGUAAAUUGAUGUGUGGAAAAUGUCCUGCGUGGAAAUAUUCGAUUGACUGUUCAAAGUACUGUCAAUGUGAUAAAAAGACAAGUGUAGGAUGCGAUCCAAUUACUGGUGCCUGUCUGUGUCAUGACAAAUAUGGUGGAACCGAUUGUUCGUGUCAUACAUCAAUGAUUUCUACCUGUAAAAGCCCGUAUAAUAUUUGUGAAUAUGACAGAUGUAAAUGCAAGCAAGGGUCCUUUAAUGUAUCUACAUCAUGCUCAGACUGGAAUGACGUGGUGUAUUUUUGUUCCUUCAGUGGUGAUAAUUGGCGAAGUCUGUGUGAUAUGGAAACAAACAAUUCACGCUUACAGCAUACCCAAGGAAGCAAAUACCCUCUUUGGAAACCCGAGUAUGGAAGUGAUGGGGCCGAAUAUGUGUUCUUUGGGGACCCACCGCGUUAUCUUUCACCGAUUUCAUACUUUGCUGCACUCAAUUUUUCUAUAGAAAUCAAACGUAGUCAUCUUUGUGUUAUUUUUGACUACAUCAUUUCAAGACGAGGUUCCAUCGUGGUAUCCAUGAAAGAUACAUCGAUGAAAGAAUCAAUCAUUGUUAGUUUGAAAGGGGAAAAGACUAGCUGGACAAAUAAACGAAUAAAUAUAAAUUCUAAGCUUCCAGUUCGUCAGAUAAUGUUUGUAUUAGAAGUAAAAGCCGCCUUAGACCAAUUAAUAAUUACAGAAUCCAAGUGUGAUUGUGCAAACUGGACAUUUGGCUCGAAUUGUGACGACUGUGCUUGUGUGCGAGCACACACUGACUUCUGUGAUAAAAACAACGGAACAUGCCACUGUAAACAAGGCUACACUGGAGAAGCGUGUCAGUGUGAAGACAACGGGGAACCCUGUCCACACUAUAUUCGGUUGGUAAAUGGAAAUACUACAUCGAUGGGAAGAAUUGAAGUGGUCACAAAUGGUGUCUGGUCAACUAUCUGUGAUAGUAAUUGGGACCAUGAUGACGCUACUGUCGUCUGCAAGCAACUUGGACUUGGAAAGUAUGGCAUCGCUGUUUCAAAUGCAGAGUUCGGAAUUGGUAACGGUCCAAAUAAUAUCGGCAAAGUAGAUUGCCGAGGAAACGAAACGGACAUAAUGACUUGCUCUUUUAAAAAGAUGACGUGUAGUCAUCACAACGAUGCAGGUGUUAUCUGUACCAAUUUAUCAGAUAGCAUAAGAUUAGUCAAUGGUUCAGACAAGACAAAUGGUCGCUUAGAAGUAAGAAUCGAUGGACGCGGAGCAUGGGGCACAGUUUGCGGUUUGGGAUUCUUCCAAAACGAAGCUAAGGUCGCUUGUAAAGAACUUGGAUUACCCACAAGACAUGUUGAGGUUAUUAAUUACUGGGAAGGAUCUGGACCAAUUUUUUAUGUAUUUGGAUGUACAGGAAAUGAAAAUUCAAUCCAGUUAUGUCCAUCAACAGUGAGAAGUCCGACGUUUUGUACUCAUAUGCAUGAUGUGGGCGUGUCUUGUUCAAACGACUGCCCUCCAUUUACAUUUGGAGCCCAGUGUGAAAAUAGGUGUAUCUGCCAUAAAAGUAGGUCUUUGUCAUGUGACAAGGACACUGGAGACUGUGUGUGCAAGACUGGAUGGAUGGGUGCAAAGUGCACGUGCGAGGGAGAAACCCGAUGUGCAGAAAACUCGUACUGUUAUGAUGACGACUGUUUGUGUAUCGACGGGUUUUUGACAAAACCCUCCAAUUGCUCAAAUGAAGUCUUAGUGUUGUAUUCCUGUUCAUUUGAAACAGACUUUGAAUCAUGUUCCAUAGAAAAACGUGGUUCAAUAAAAUGGAGAAGAUAUAAUAGAGGAACACCAAGUAAUGAAACGGGGCCACACUCGGCUGUGGAAGGUUUUUACUACGCAUAUACUGAAGCUAAUGGUUAUUCAAAUGGGGAUAGAGGAAUUUUAUCUCUAAAAAACCUAAAUCUGAAAACAGAUGCCUGCUUCCAAUUCUAUUAUCAUAUGAAUGGAAGAGAUAUUGGUAAUUUAGACGUCAUUAUAGAAGACAAAGGCGGAAAAGUAAUCGCUCGAUGGUCAAAAUCGGGACAUAUAAGUUCGAGCUGGAAUCAAGGACAAGUGUUACUUCCGGUUGAUACACAAAAGAUAAAAGUAAUAGGACAGAGGGGUGACGGAGAUAAAUCAGACCUCGCACUGGAUGCUUUCAAAAUUCUCCAAGGACAUUGCAAUUGUGAACCAUGGAAAUAUGGAGUAGAAUGUGAUAAAUCAUGUGACUGCAGAAGAUUAAGUUCCAAAGGUUGUAAUAGCAAAAGUGGAAAAUGUGAAUGCCAUCCAGGCUGGAGUGGAAAAACAUGUAACUGCUGGAUGUUACACGACAAUUGCCAUUCAGCAUAUUCCUACUGUCACGGUGAUCGGUGCUUGUGUAAAGAUGGAAUUUAUAAUAAUGGUGUUCCCUGUUCAGGAUUGAAUGACAUCACCUAUUUUUGUGGAUUUGACAUAGGAGACAGUUUGGAAGAAUGUAAUAUAGAACUGCGACCAAUGCAAUGGGAAAUCAUUGAGGAUUUUGAGCAAUCCUUAGACGAUGGAUAUCAUUCUGAGAACAACCGCUACCUAAAAACCAGAGUAUCGGCCUAUACUCAUGAAAGUUUCUUUUCGUUUUCUGUCAACAAUGUAAGCGUAAACCGUGAAAGUUGUCUUCACUUGAAAUACUUUACUGAAUAUGAAGAAAAGCAAAUGUUAAGAAUUCUAGUAGUAAAAGACAACAACCUGCUAAAUAGCAGAUUGUUCCACGGAAAGGGAUGGUCAACAGCACGUGUUCCUUUGUACGCUUCUUCCAAUAUAAAGAUUUAUUUCAUUGUAUACUCGUUCAGGAAUUCCUCUGUCAUGAUAGACGACAUUAUCAUCACAGCAAAACCUUGUGUGGGCUGCAGUCCAUGGUUUUAUGGAGUUAAUUGUGAAAAAUUGGCAAAGUGUAACCGUAGCAACACUUUUUCGAUCGACGACAAAGGGGAGUGCCACUGUAGGGCAAACUGGUUUGGAGACAGGUGCGACUGUUCCAAAAAAGAUAACGAGGCUUGUUUUAGAGAUGGAGAAAUAUGCAGGAAUGGACAAUGUACAUGUAAAGACGGUUACACCAGCGCUAAAACAGGUUGUAGAGAUAUUGAUGAGUGUAAAUUUCUCUGCGAUAGUCAAACACAAGAGUGUACAAAUAGCAUUGGGUCCUAUACAUGCAUGUGUAAAAAUGGCACUGGAGAUGGAAUCAUAUGUUCAGAAUCAAGUCUUGCUGUCAUAAAUGGAGCAUCACCACAAGAGGGCACUCUAGUAAUGUGGAGACAAGGUGCUUGGGGAGCCUUUUGUAUGGAUUUUAAUUUGUUCACUGCAAUCACAGCUUGCAAUACCAUGUUUAAAGACAUAUAUGGUGUUUCCAUCACUAAAAAGGGAAGUUACCGCUCUACUAAUGGAGUUGCCUACACUUCUCCAAAAUGUAACCGUAGAGGGACUUUUGGGUUUGAAAACUGCGACGUUUCUUUAAAACCUUGUGAUACUGAAAAAGAUGCAUUGUAUUUAAAAUGUGGAGCAUGCGGUGGAAAGUACACUUCCGAGUUUGGUGUUGUUGAGCCGCCUCCACAACUACCUGGAAACACGCUGUGUUCCUUUUUGUUGUCACCAACCAAUGCCAAAACUAUUAACGCAACAUUUAUCACAUUUUCAAUCGGUUCGAAAGAUGAAAUUAGAUCCAAUAGAUGUGAUGACACCAAUGUUGAGAUAUUUGAUGGUUCAAAUAAAGACGCACCUUUCCUUGGACGAUUCUGUCACAACAAAGGAAACUUUACAAUAAAUUCCUCUGGAAGUUCAUUGUAUUUCGUCUAUCAAACGUCUAGAGAUUCAACAAAGCAAGAUUUUCAACUAAUCUAUGAAACCAAAGAGGCUGAGAGAGAUCUCAGUGCACUUGGAAAACAAUGUGCUGACGACAUCCAAUGUAAAGCAAACAAUGUUACAUGUGUAGACAACGUGUGCAAAUGUGAAAUCGACUUUUAUCAAUGGGAUCAAUCGUCUUGCGCUAAAAAAAAGGCUUGGAAUUCUACUUGCAAUGAAAGCAAUGAAUGCAGAACAGAAUUCUGCAAUGACUUGGAUAAACUGUGUCUCUGUCCACCAAAUACAAUCAUUGAUGGAGAUAACAAUAGUUGUCUGAAUGUUACGAAAAUAACAGGAAUUUCAACAUCUUCGCCCAAGUAUUGGAUGAUUCCUAUCCUCCUCUUCGUGUUCUUGAUAAUCGUUCUCGUUAUAGCGGCCACAAUAGUAUUUGCCAGAAGAAAAGGAUAUUGUCUAAAGCGUCGAAAUCAGAAAACUGCCUAUACGUAUUCUGAACUGAUGUCAGCAUCCAGCUCUCUCUAUGGAAUGUCAACAGAUGACAGAAGCUUACAACGGAGUUCCGGUAUAUCAAUUAACGAAUCAGCGCAGGAUGAUGAUACAGGACUUAUAGAAAUGUCACAGUCAUGACAAGGAAACUGAUUUCACGAAGAAGAUUUCGACGGCAAAUCUUUAGGUGGAGUUUUGUCCAAAUUGUGAAGUGAAAAUAACGUGACAUAUUCCAAAUCAAGAUUAUAUUGUAAAAAAGAAAAACUUUAUGCCGUUGUGUUGUAAAGUUACCUUCUUUAUUCAUGAAGUAUAUUGGCAUUUGUUCUACCGUGUAGUUGUUUUCUUAGAAAGUUCUCAAUUGAAGAAUAUUUGUUCAGAAAACUGUAAAAUUACAAUAAUUAUGAGAGCCAUAUGCUUAAAGAUAAAUUGUAAGAUAAGACUUACAUUGGAAAAAAAAAUUAAAUAAAGUCAUUAAUAAAUUAAUAAAGGAGUCUUAAUUUAUAGUUCCGAUAUGGUCAAUAUUAUCUUCUAUAUCAAGUUAUUAUUCAUUGCAUGCAUCAUGUUAAAUCAAGAAUUUUCCAUUUUAACAACUGAAUACGGAUUAUUGUUUAAGUAUCGUAUUGACAUUUUAUGUACGUAAAAUGUUACAUGCAAAUGAAACAUCAGUUAUGUACAUUUUCAUAAUAAAAAAGUAUUUUACUAAAAAUAAUGUUAUUCUCGUUUGUUUACAGAAGCAAUGAAUAACCAUUGUAAAGAUGUUCUAAUGCCUGCAAAAGACAAAUCAUAGAUAAACAUUUUAUUCCCGAAUAACUCUGAAAUACAUGUACAUUGUUACUUUAUAAUUAAUAGAUUAUUGUUAAAUUACACGACUGCUUAAGAAAUACAUGUACAUGGUUAUUUUAAAAUUAAUAGAUUAUUAUCAAUUUACAA